CCCGCCCCAGGAGCCGACCGGUUCAUGGACGACGUUGCCUGCAUGAUCGGGUACCGACCUUGCCCCUGGAUGAAAUGGUGCUGGUCCUUCUUCACCCCACUGGUCUGCAUGGGCAUCUUCAUCUUCAACGUGGUGUAUUACAAGCCGCUGGUCUACAACAACACCUACGUGUAUCCAUGGUGGGGCGAGGCCAUGGGCUGGGGCUUCGCUCUCUCCUCCAUGCUGUGCGUGCCCCUCCACCUCCUGGGCUGCCUCCUCAGGGCCAAGGGGACCAUGGCUGAGCGCUGGCAGCACCUGACGCAGCCUGUGUGGGGCCUCCACCACUUGGAGUAUAGAGCUCAGGACUCCGACGUCAGGGGCCUGACCACCCUGACCCCAGUGUCCGAGAGCAGCAAGGUGGUGGUGGUAGAGAGCGUCAUGUGACAGGCACCCUGGCUCCCAUCACCAGCUCACCCUCUUGUAGCCAUAGCAGCCCCUGCUUUAGCCCCCCCACCCCUCCAGGGGGCUUGCCUUUCCCUGACACUUUUGGGGUCUGCCUGGGGAGGGCGGGGACGAAGCACCACGAGUGCUAACUAAAGUAACCUUUUUUUUCCAUUUUUAAUAAAACACCAAAAAUAUCACAACCCACCAAAAAUAGACGCCUCCCCACCCCGCCCCCCAACCAAGCUGGUACACACGCUGCUUCCCAGGCCCUGCCGACCGCCCUCCCCCGGGUGCCCGCCGCAGAAGCGUCUCCCCCAGCCCCACCACGCCUGCCUCUCUGGGCUCUGCCCGCCGCACCCUCGGGCGGCCCCUCCCCCCUAGAGGCAGCAGUGACAGCUGGGGACCCGGGCAGCAGAGGAGAGCAGGAAGGCGAGGGAGGGGCAGCAGAACCAAGGCGACUACUUCAGCGGGGCUAGACCCCUCUCCCCGUCCCUAUUCUAGAAGCUUAGAGAGCCAGCCAGCAACGGGACCUCCUGGUUCCUGCGCCGAUUGCCACCAAUAUCAAUUGUGUGAGCUUGUGUACGAAUGCGUGUGUGCGUGAGGAUGUAGGGGAAGCCUAGACCUCUCUUAGCAAAGGUGAAUACCAGGUGUAAACUGUGCCUGUGGGCACAUGAGG